GGGGGGGGGGGAAUUUGAUUUUCAUGUUUCUUAAUCAUCCGCCAACUUUUCUAAGCUGGAUGUUGGAGACGAAUUUGGAUUGAAAAAAUAGAAAUACCAAUACAAUGUUUCCUCUUUUCUUUCUCUUUUUUUUUGAAAUAGCGAUCUCAUCUUAAACGUUAUAAUCGCUAUUUUAAUUUCGAUUCCUUUCAUCAUUUAAAUUCAUCACCAUAGUAAUGGCUGUCAAAGAAACGGGAAGAGAGGACGGAGAGGUUAUAAACCCGGAAAAGGAAUCAAAAUCCGAGGUUGUGGAGAGAAGUGAAUCAUUAAAACAAAAUGAGGAGUCAUCAUCAAUAAGGGAACCGGACAUUCCCGCCGUCCGGGGAUUGGAUUCCGAUAGCAGCGGUGGUGCCUGCACCAGCAAUUGUCCCUACUAUCCUCAAAAGCCGCCGCAAGUUUUCCAGAGAUGGAACCGAGAUUCUUAUGCUUUGCAAUGGAAGCAUGUGAUCGAUAAUAUUAAGAAGAAAUCAGCCAGGAGUUUCUCUAUCAUUCCUUUGCUCACAAAUAACUACGAGAUGUCUAAGAAGAAUUUGUGGAGGAAAUUGACCAAAUUUUACAGCUCCGAGGCCGGCGUCGUUGAUAUUGACGGAAUACCGGUGCCUAAACCAUCAUGGAAGACUUUUUCUUACUCCGACCUUUGUGCUGCUACAGAUCAUUUCAGUCCUGAGAAUAUGCUGGGAAAAGGGGGCAAUGCGGAGGUAUACAAAGGGCACUUAACUGAUGGUCAAAUUGUAGCAGUGAAGAAGCUAAUAAAGAAUGAGAAGGAAGAAGAAGAUAGAGCCAAUGAUUUCUUGUUAGAACUUGGGAUUAUUGCUCACAUUAAUCACCCAAAUGCAGCUCACUUAAUCGGAUUCAGUGUUGAUGGAGGCUUGCACUUAGUACUUCAGUUUGCUCCUCAUGGCAGCCUUGCUUCUGUGCUUUUCGGUUCAGAUGAGUGUCUAGAUUGGAAGACAAGGUACAAGGUGGCGACAGGGAUAGCAGAGGGAUUGAAAUAUCUCCACCACGAUUGUCCGAGGCGCAUUAUACAUCGAGACAUCACAGCCUCCAACAUACUGCUCACCGAAGAUUAUGAAGCUCAUAUCUCGGAUUUUGGUUUGGCAAAGUGGCUGCCGGAGAAUUGGCAUCAACAUGUUGUCCAUCCCAUCGAAGGAACAUUCGGGUACUUGGCGCCAGAGUACUUCAUGCAUGGGAUAGUUGAUGAAAAGACCGAUGUAUUCGCAUUUGGAGUCCUACUACUGGAGAUAUUAACAGGCCGUCGCGCAGUCGAUUUAUCCCGACAAAGCCUCAUGAUUUGGGGAAAGCCACUUCUGGAAUCAAAUCAAGUAAAGGAACUGGUAGAUCCUCGACUGGAAGACGAUUACGAUCAAACACAAGUGAAACGUGCAAUGUUAACAGCUUCCAUGUGCAUAAACCAUUUAGCCAACCUACGUCCAAGCAUGACAAGGGUGGUGGAGUUGCUUAAAAACGAAGAUGGUGCAGUAGAGAGUCAGCAGAAGAGUUGUGGAGGGAAAGCAGUGAUAGUAGACGGUUGUGACUUGCAAGAUUAUAGUCGAAGCAGCUAUCUAGAUGACUUGAACCGUCAUAUGCAGCUGGUUUUGGAGUAAUGGCUUUAGUUGGUUUAUUUGUGAAAAUUGGUACAUAUCAAUGAAAUGAAAUUUCAUAGGUGUAAAUAUUUUGGGC